GAACUGCACCUUCUGAGCACUUCCCAAGUUGCUCAACUUACAAUGGACUCUGGAGCCUUGAACAACCCAGACAUGAUCACCAUGGUACUUGACCAUCUAGAAAAUGGCGAUGCGUUUCAGAACGUGAAUGAAUUCCUGGCAGCUCUAGAACAGAAUUCGCAGGUUUUGGAAAUCCAUCCCGUGGUGAGGGACAUCAUGAUGAAUCAGACCUUUGCCAUCAUCAGUCUCCAUUUUACAGAGUUCUUGAGAGGAGACUGGAUUUCCUGGUUCACAGUGAAACUGAUUCCUCUCCUGCCCAGCAUAACUGCAGAGAUGCUCCAGAGAGCAACAUCAGACGGCAACUGCAUCGCAUUCCACGCAAUCGUUGAGGGUCUUAGCAGCGUCUUUGACCAGAUGUCACUGGAGAGACAGCAGGAGCUCACACUUGUUCUGGUGGAUCAUCUGAAACACAUGAGCGAAUCAGGCUCAACCUGCGGGUCAGACACCAGCAGUCUUAGUGCCUGGCUUGAUGUGAAUUUUGGUAAAUACUCAGUCUACGUGGCAUUCCAAGAUCUUCUACUGCUCAAUACGAACUUCUCCAAUUUUGAGGAACUGGACUCUUUGAGCGCUUCCCAAGUUGCUAAACUGACAGUGGACUCUGGAGCACUGAACAACCCAUACAUGAUCACCAUGGUAUUUGACUAUCUAGAAAAUGGCGAUGCAUUGCAGAACGUGAAUGGUUUUCUGGCAGGUCUCACCCAGAAUUCGCAGGCUUUGGAAAUCCAUCCAGUGGUGAGGGACAUGAUGAUGAAUCGGACCUUUGCCAUCAUCAGUCUCCAUUUGACAGAGUUCUUGAGAGAAGACUGGGUUUCCUGGUUCACCGUGCAACUGAUUCCUCUCUUGCCCAGCAUAACUGCAGAGAUGCUCCAGACAGCUACAACCUACGGUGACUGCAUCACAUUCCACGCAAUUGUUGAGGGUCUUAGCAGCGUCUUUGACCAGAUGUCACUGGAGAGACAGCAGGAGCUCACAAUUGUUCUGGUGGAUCAUCUGAAACACACCGGCGGAUCGGGCUCAACCUGUGGGUCAGACACCAGCAGUCUUAGAGCCUGGCUUGAUAUGAACUUUGGUAAAUUCUCAGUCUACGUGGUAUUCCAAGAUCUGCUACUGCUCAAUGCAAACUUUUCCAAUUUUGAGGCACUAGACCUUCUGAGCGCUUCUCAAGUGGCUCAACUUACGGUGAACUCUGAAGCCCUGAACAACCCAGACAUGAUCACCAUGGUAUUUGACCAUCUAGAAAAUGGCAAUGCGUUCCAAAAUGUGAAUGAUUUCCUGGCAGGUCUCACCCAGAAUUCACAGACUUUGGAAAUCCAUCCGGUGGUGAGGGACGUCAUGAUGAUUCGAACCUUUGCCAUCAUCAGUCUCCAUUUUACACAGUUCUUGAGAGUAGACUGGGUUUCCUGGUUCACAGUGAAACUGAUUCCUCUCCUGCCCAGCAUAACUGCAGAGAUGCUCCAGACAGCAACAUCAGAUGGCGACUGCCUCGCAUUCCACACAAUCGUUGAGGGUCUUAGCAUAGUCUUUGACCAGAUGUCACUGGAGAGACAGCAGGAGCUCACACUUGUUCUGGUGGAUCAUCUGAAACACCCCGGCAGAUCAAGUUCAACCUGCGGGACAGACACCAGUAGUCUCAGUGCCUGGCUUGAUGUGAACUUUGGUAAAUUCUCAGUCUACGUGGCAUUCCAAAAUCUGCUACUGCUCAAUGCAAACUUUUUCAAUGUUGAGGCACUGGACUCUCUGAGCGCUUCCCAAGUUGCUAAGCUGACGGUGGACUCUGGAGGACUGAACGACCCAGACAAGAUCACCAUGGUAUUUGACCAUCUAGAUAAUGGCGAUGCAGUCCAGAACGUGAAUGAUUUCCUGGCAGGUCUCACCCAGAUUUCACAGGUUUUGGAAAUCCAUCCAGUGGUGAGGGACAUCAUGAUGAAUCGGACCUUUGCCAUCAUCCGUCUCCAUUUUACUGAGUUCUUGAGAGGAGACUGGGUUUCCUGGUUCACCGUGAAACUGAUUCCUCUCAUGCCCAGCAUAACUGCAGAGAUGCUCCAGACAGCAACAUCAUAUGGCGACUGCAUCACUUUCCACACAAUAGUUGAGGGUCUUAGCAGCGUCUUUGACCAGAUGUCACUGGAGAGACAGCAAGAGCUCACACUUGUUCUGGUGGAUCAUUUGAAACACACCAGUGGAUCGGGCUCAACCUGUGGGUCAGACACCAGCAGUCUCAGAGCAUGGCUUGAUGUGAACUUUGGUAAAUUCUCAGUCUACGUGGCAUUCCAAGAUCUGAUACUGCUUAAUGCAAACUUUUCCAAUUUUGAGGCACUAGACCUUCUGAGCGCUUCCCAAGUUGCUCAACUUACGGUGAACUCUGGAGCACUGAACAACCCAGACAUGAUCACCAGGGUAUUUGAUCAUCUAGAAAAUGCUGAUGCCUUCCAGAACAUGAAUGAUUUCCUGGCAGGUCUCGCCCAGAAUUCGCAGGCUUUGGAAAUCCAUCCGGUGGUGAGGGACAUCAUGAUGAAUCGGACCUUUGCCAUCAUCAGUCUCCAUUUUACACAGUUCUUGAGAGUAGACUGGAUUUCCUGGUUCACGGUGAAACUGAUUCCUCUCCUGCCCAGCAUAACUGCAGAGAUGCUCCAGACAGCAACAGCAGACAGCGACUGCAUUGCAUUCCACGCAAUCGUUCAGGGUCUUAGCAGCGUCUUUGACCAGAUAUCACUGGAGAGACAGCAGGAGGUCACACUUGUUAUGGUGGAUCAUCUGAAACACACCGGCGAAUCAGGCUCAACCUGUGGGUCAGACACCAGCAGUCUCAGAGCCUGGCUUGAUGAGAACUUUGGUAAAUUCUCAGUCUACGUGGCAUUCCAAGAUCUGCUACUGCUCAAUGUAAACUUUUCCAAGUUUGAGGCACUGGACUCUCUGAGCGCUUCCCAAGUUGCUAAGCUGACGGUGGACUCUGGAGCCCUGAACAACCCAGACAUGAUCACCAUGGUAUUUGACCAUCUAGAAAAUGGCGAUGCGUUCGAGAACAUGAAUGAUUUCUUGGCAGGUCUCACGCAGAUUUCGCAGGCUUUGGAAAUCCAUCCAGUAGUAAGGGGCAUGAUGAUGAAUCGGACUUUUUCCAUCAUCAGUCUCCAUUUUACAGAGUUCUUAAGAGGAGACUGGGUUUCCUGGUUCACCGUAAAACUGAUUCCUCUCUUGCCCAGCAUAACUGCAGAGAUGCUCCAGACAGCUACAUCCUAUAGCGACUGCAUCGCAUUUCAUACAAUCGUUGAGGGUCUAAGCAGGGUCAUUGACCAGAUGUCACUGGAGAGACAGCAGGAACUCACAAUUAUUCUGGUGGAUCAUCUGAAACACAGUGGCGGAUCGGGCUCAGCCUGUGGGUCAGACACUAGCAGUCUCAGAGUCUGGCUUGAUAUGAACUUUGGUAAAUUCUCAGUCUACGUGGCAUUCCAAGAUCUGCUACUGCUCAAUGGAAACUUUUCCAAUUUUGAGGCACUGGACCUUCUGAGCGCUUCCCAAGUUGUUCAACUUACGGUGAACUCUGGAGCACUGAACAACCCACACAUGAUCACCAUGGUAUUUGACCAUCUAGAAAAUGGCAAUGCAUUUCAAAACGUGAAUGAUUUCCUGGCAGGUCUCACCCAGAAUUCGCAGGCUUUGGAAAUCCAUCCGGUGGUGAGGGAUGUCAUGAUGAAUCGGACCUUUGCCAUCAUCCGUCUCCAUUUUACACAGUUCUUGAGAGUUGACUGGGUUUCCUGGUUCACAUUGAAACUGAUUCCUCUCCUGCCCAGCAUAACUGCAGAGAUGCUCCAGACAGCAACAUCAGAUGGCGACUGCAUCGCAUUCCACGCAAUCGUUGAGGGUCUUAGCAUAGUCUUUGACCAGAUGUCACUGGAGAGACAACAGGAGCUCACACUUGUUCUGGUGGAUCAUCUGAAACACCCCAGCAGAUCAGGCUCAACCUGCGGGUCAGACACCAGCAGUCUAAGCGCCUGGCUUGAUGUAAACUUUGGUAAAUUCUCAGUCUACGUGGCAUUCCAAGAUCUGCUACUGCUCAAUGCAAACUUUUUCAAUUUUGAGGCACUAGACUCUCUGAGUGCUUCCCAAGUUGUUAAGCUGACGGUGGACUCUGGAGCACUGAACAAUCCAGACAUGAUCACCAUGGUAUUUGACCAUCUAGAAAAUGGCAAUGCGUUUCAGAACGUGAAUGAUUUCCUGGCAGGUCUCACACAGAAUUCGCAGACUUUGGAAAUCCAUCCGGUGGUGAGGGACACCAUGAUGAAUCGUACCUUUGCCAUUGUCAGUCUCCAUUUUACAAAGUUUAUGAGAGGAGACUGGGUUUCCUGGUUCACCGUAAAUCUGAUUCCUCUCUUGCCCAGCAUAACUGCAGAGAUGCUUCAGAAAGCAACAUCCUACGACGACUGCAUUGCAUUCCAGGCAAUCAUUGAGGGUCUUAGCAGCGUCUUUGACCAGAUGUCACUGGAGAGACAGCAGGAGCUCACAAUUGUUCUGGUGGACCAUCGGAAACAAACUAGUGGAUCGGGCUCAACCUGUGGGUUAGACACCAGCAGUCUCAGAGCCUGGCUUGAUAUGAACUUUGGUAAAUUCUCAGUCUACGUGGCAUUCCAAGAUCUGCUACUGCUCAAUGCGAACUUUUCCAAUUUUGAGGCACUGGACCUUCUGAGCGCUUCCCAAGUUGCUCAACUUACGGUGAACUCUGGAGCACUGAACAACCCACACAUGAUCACAAUGGUUUUUGACUAUCUAGAAAAUGCAGAUGCGUUCCAGAACGUAAAUGAUUUCCUGGCAGGUCUCGCCCAGAAUUCACAGGCUUUGGAAAUCCAUCCAGUGGUGAGGGACAUCAUGAUGAAUCGGACCUUUGCCAUCAUUAGUCUCCAUUUUACACAUUUCUUGAGAGUAGACUGGGUUUCCUGGUUCACGGUAAAACUGAUUCCUCUCCUUCCCAGCAUAACUGCUGAGAUGCUCCAGACAGCAACAUCAGACGGCGACUGCAUUGCAUUCCGCACAAUUGUUGGGGGUCUUAGCAGUGUCUUUGACCAGAUGUCACUGGAGAGACAGCAGGAGCUCACACUUGUUCUGGUGGAUCAUCUGAAACACACCGGCAGAUCAGGCUCAACCUGUGGGUCCGACACCAGCAGUCUCAGAGCCUGGCUUGAUGUGAACUUUGGUAAAUUCUCAGUCUACGUGGCAUUCCAAGAUCUGCUACUGCUCAAUGUGAACUUUGUGAAUUUUGAGACACUUGACUUUCUUAGCGCUUCCCAAGUUGCUAAGCUGACGGUGGACUCUGGAGCACUGAACAACCCAGACAUGAUCACCAUGGUAUUUGACCAUCUAGAAAAUGGCGAUGCGUUCCAGAACAUGAAUGAUUUCCUGGCAGGUCUCACCCAGAAUUCGCAGGUUUUGGAAAUCCAUCCAGUGGUGAGGGACAUCAUGAUGAAUCGGACCUUUGCCAUCAUCAGUCUCCAUUUUACAGAGAUCUUGAGAGGGGACUGGGUUUCCUGGUUCACCGUGAAACUGAUUCCUCUCUUGCCCAGCAUAACUGCAGAGAUGCUCCAGACAGCAACAUCCUACAGCGACUGCAACGCAUUCCAGGCAAUCGUUGAGGGUCUUAGCAGCAUCUUUGACCAGAUGUCACUGGAGAAACAGCAGGAUCUCUCAUUUGUUCUGGUGGACCAUCUGAAACACACAGGUGGAUCGGGCUCAACCUGCGGGUCAGACACCAGCAGUCUCAGAGCCUGGCUUGAUGUGAACUUUGGUAAAUUCUCAGUCUACGUGGCAUUCCAAGAUCUGCUACUGCUCAAUGCAAACUUUUCCAAUUUUGAGGCACUGGACCUUCUGAGUGCUUCCCAAGUUGCACAACUUACAGUGAACUCUGGAGCACUGAACAACCCAGACAUGAUCACCAUGGUAUUUGACCAUCUAGAAAAUGCCAAUGCGUUCCAGAACGUGAAUAAUUUUCUGGCAGGUCUCACCCAGAAUUCACAGGCUUUGGAAAUCCAUCCGGUGGUGAGGGACAUCAUGAUGAAUCGGACAUUUGCCAUCAUCAGUCUCCAUUUUACACAGUUCUUGAGAGUAGACUGGGUUUCCUGGUUCACUGUGAAACUGAUUCCUCUCCUGCCCAGCAUAAAUGCAGAGAUGCUCCAGACAGCAACAUCAUAUGGCGACUGCAUUGCAUUCCACGCAAUCGUUGAAGCUCUUAGCAGCGUCUUUGACCAGAUGUCACUGGAGAGACAGCAGGAGCUCACACUUGUUCUGGUGGAUCAUCUUAAACACCCUGGAAGAUCGGGCUCAACCUGCGGGUCAGACAUCAGCAGUCUCAGCACCUGGCUUGAUAUGAACUUUGGUAAAUUCUCAGUCUACGUGGCAUUCCAAGAUCUGCUACUGCUCAAUGCGAACUUUUUCAAUUUUGAGGCAAUGGACUUUCUGAGCACUUCCCAAGUUGCUCAACUUACGAUGAACUCUGGAGCACUGAACAACCCAGACAUGAUCACCAUGGUAUUUGACCAUCUAGAAAAUGACGAUGCGUUCCAGAACGUGAAUGAUUUCGUGGCAGGUCUCGCCCAGAAUUCACAGGCUUUGGAAAUCCAUCCGGUGGUGAGGGACGUCAUGAUGAAUCGGACCUUUGCCAUCAUCAGUCUCCAUUUUACAGAGUUCUUGAGAGAAGACUGGGUUUCCUGGUUCACGGUGAAACUGAUUCCUCUCUUGCCCAGCAUAACUGCAGAGAUGCUUCAGACAUCAACUUCAGUUGGCGACUGCUUCGCUUUCCACACAAUCGUUGAGGGUCUUAGCAGCGUCUUUGACCAGAUGUCACUGAAGAGACAGCAGGAGCUCACACUUGUGCUGGUGGAUCAUCUGAAACACACCGGCGGGUCGGGCUCAACCUGCGGGUCAGACACCAGUAGUCUCAGCGCCUGGCUUGAUUUGAACAUUGGUAAAUUCUCAGUCUACGUGGCUUUCCAAGAUCUGCUACUGCUCAAUGCGAACUUUUCCAAUUUUGAAGCACUGGACUCUCUGAGCGCUUCCCAAGUUGGUAAGCUGACAGUGGACUCUGGAGCACUGAACAACCCAGACAUGAUCACCAUGGUAUUUGACCAUCUAGAAAAUGGUGAUGCGUUCCAGAAUGUGAAUGAUUUCCUGGCAGGUCUCACCCAGAAUUUGCAGGUUUUGGAAAUCCAUCCAGUGGUGAGGAACAUCAUGAUGAAUAGGACCUUUUCCAUCAUCACUCUCCAUUUUACAGAGUUCUUGAGAGAAGACUGGGUUUCCUGGUUCACGGAGAAACUGAUUCCUCUCUUGCCCAGCAUAACUGCAGAGAUGCUCCAGACAGCAACAUCCUACGGUGAUUGCAACGCAUUCCACGCAAUCGUUGAGGGUCUUAGCAGCGUUUUUGAACAAAUGUCACUGGAGAGACAGCAGGAACAUACAAUUGUUCUGGUGGAUCAUCUGAAACACACCACAGGAUCAGGCUCAACCUGUGGGUCAGACACCAGCAGUCUCAGAGCCUGGCUUGAUGUGAACUUUGGUAAAUUCUCAGUCUACGUGGCAUUCCAAGAUCUGCUACUGCUCAAUGCAAACUUUUCCAAUUUUGAGGCACUGGACUUUCUGAGUGCUUUCCAAGCUGUUCAACUUACGGUCAAAUCUGGAGCACUGAACAACCCAGACAUGAUCACCAUGGUAUUUGACCGUCUAGAAAAUGGCGAUGCAUUCCAAAACGUGAAUGAUUACCUAGCAGGUCUCACCCAGAAUUCGCAAGCUUUGGAAAUCCAUCCGGUGGUGAGGAACAUCAUGAUGAAUCGGACCUUUGCCAUCAUCAGUCUCCAUUUUACACAGUUCUUGAGAGUAGACUGGGUUUCCUGGUUCACGGAGAAACUGAUUCCUCUCCUGCCCAGCAUAACUGCAGAGAUGCUCCAGACAGCAACAUCAGACAGCGACUGCAUCACAUUCCACACAAUCGUUGAGGGUAUUAGCAGCGUCAUUGACCAGAUGUCACUGGAGAGACAGCAGGAGCUCACACUUGUUUUGGUGGAUCAUCUGAAACACCCCGGCAGAUCAGGCUCAACUUGCGGGUCAGACACCAGCAGUCUCAGUGCCUGGCUUGAUGUGAACUUUGGUAAAUUCUCAGUCUACGUUGCAUUCCAAGAUCUGCUACUGCUCAAUGCAAACUUUUUCAAUUUUGAGGCACUGGACUCUCUGGGUGCUUCCCAAGUUGCUAAACUGUUGGUGGAAUCUGGAGGACUGAACAACCCAGACAUGAUCACAAUGGUAUUUGACCAUCUAGAAAAUGGCGAUGCAUUCCAGUACGUGAAUGAUUUCCUGGCAGGUCUCACCCAGAAUUCACAGGCUUUGGAAAUCCAUCCGGUGGUAAGGGACAUCAUGAUGAAUCGGACCUUUGCCAUCAUCAGUCUCCAUUUUACAGAGUUCUUGAGAGAAGACUGGGUUUCCUGGUUCACCGUGAAACUGAUUCUUCUCCUGCCCAGCAUAACUCCAGAGAUGCUCCAGACAGCAACAUCCUACGGCGACUGCAUCGCUUUCCACACAAUCGUUGAGGGUCUUAGCAGCGUCUGUGACCAGAUGUCACUGGAGAGACAGCAGGAGCUCACACUUGUUCUGGUGGAUCAACUGAAACAGAUCAGUGGAUCGGGCUCAACCUGUGGGUCAGACACUAGCAGUCUCAGAGCCUGGCUUGUUGUGAACUUUGGUAAUUUCUCAGUCUACGUGGCAUUCCAAGAUCUGCUACUGCUCAAUGCAAACUUUUCCAAUUUUGAGGCACUGGACCUUCUGAGCGCUUCCCAAGUUGCUCAACUUACGGUGAACUCUGGAGCACUGAAUAACCCAGACAUGAUCACCAUGGUAUUUGACCAUCUAGAAAAUGGCAAUGCGUUUCAAAACGUGAACGAUUUCCUGGCAGGUCUCACCAAGAAUUCGCAGACUUUGGAAAUCCAUCCGGUGGUGAGGGACAUCCUGAUGAAUCGGACAUUUGCCAUCAUCAGUCUACAUUUUACACAGUUCUUGAGGGAAGACUGGGUUUCUUGGUUCACGGUGAAACUGAUUCCUCUUCUGCCCAGCAUAACUGCAGAGAUGCUCCAGAGAGCAACAUCAGACGGUGACUGCAUUGCAUUCCACGCAAUUGUUGAGGGUCUUAGCAGCAUCUUUGACCAGAUGUCACUGGAGAGACAGCAGGAGCUCACUCUUAUUCUUGUGGAUCAUCUGAAACACACAGACGAAUCUGGCUCAACCUGCGGGUCAGACACCAGCAGUCUCAGCGCCUGGCUGGAUGUAAACUUUGGUAAAUUCUCAGUCUACGUGGCAUUCCAAGAUCUGCUAUUGCUCAAUGCAAACUUUUCCAAGUUUGAGGCACUGGACUCUCUGAGUGCUUCCCAAGUUGCUAAGGUGACGGUGGACUCUGGAGCACUGACCAACCCAGACAUGAUCACCAUGGUAUUUGACCAUCUAGAAAAUGGCAAUGCGUUCCAGAACAUGAAUGAUUUCUUGACAGGUCUCACCCAGAAUUCGCAGGUUUUGGAAAUCCAUCCAGUGGUGAGGGACAUCAUGAUGAAUCGGACCUUUUCCAUCAUCAGUCUCCAUUUUACAGAGUUCUUGAGAGAAGACUGGGUUUCCUGGUUCAAGGUGAAACUGAUUCCUCUCUUGCCCAGCAUAACUGCAGAGAUGCUCCAGACAGCAACAUCCUACGGCGACUGCAUCACAUUCCACGCAAUCGUUGAGGGUCUUAGCAGCGUCAUUGACCAGAUGUCACUGGAGAGACAGCAGGAACUCACAAUUGUUCUGACGGAUCAUCUGAAACACGCCGGCAGAUCGGGCUCAACCUGUGGGUCAGACACCAGCAGUCUGAGAGCCUGGCUUGAUGUGAACUUUGGUAAUUUUUCAGUCUACGUGGCAUUCCAAGAUCUGCUACUGCUCAAUGCAAACUUUUCCAAUUUUGAGGCACUGGACCUUCUGAGCGCUUCCCAAGUUGCUCAACUUACGGUGAAUUCUGGGGCACUGAACAACCCAGACAUGAUCACCAUGGUAUUUGACCAUCUAGAAAAUGGCAAUGCGUUCCAAAACGUGAAUGAUUUCUUGUCAGGUCUCGCCCAGAAUUCCCAGGCUUUGGAAAUCCAUCUCGUGGUGAGGGACAUCAUGAUGAAUCGGACCUUUGCCAUCAUCCGUCUCCAUUUUACACAGUUCUUGAGGGAAGACUGGGUUUCCUGGUUCACAGUGAAACUGAUUCCUCUCCUGCCCAGCAUAACUGCAGAGAUGCUCCAGACAGCAACAUCAGUUGGCGACUGCAUCGCAUUCCACGCAAUCGUUGAGGGUCUUAACAACGUCUUUGACCAGAUGUCACUGGAGAGACAACAGGAGCUCACACUUGUUCUGGUGGAUCAUCUGAAACGCUCCGGCAGAUCAGGCUCAACCUGCGGGUCAGACACCAGCAGUCUCAGCGCCUGGCUUGAUGUGAACUUUGGUAAAUUCUCAGUCUACGUGGCAUUCCAAAAUCUGCUACUGGUCAAUGCGAACUUUUCCAAUUUUGAGGCACUGGACUCUCUGAGUGCUUCCCAAGUUGCUAAGCUGACGGUGGACUCUGGAGCACUGAACAACCCAGAAAUGAUCACCAUGGUAUUUGACCAUCUAGAAAAUGGUGACGCGUUCCAGAACGUGAAUGAUUAUCUGGCAGGUCUCACCCAGAAUUCACAGGCUUUGAAAAUCCAUCCAGUGGUGAGGGACAUCAUGAUGAAUCAGACCUUUGCCAUCAUCAGUCUCCAUUUUACAGAGUUCUUGGGAGGAGACUGGGUUUCCUGGUUCACCGUGAAAAUGAUUCCUCUCUUGCCCAGCAUAACUGCAGAGAUGCUCCAGAAAGCAACAUCCUACGGCGACUGCAUCGCAUUCCACGCAAUCGUUGAGGGUCUUAGCAGCGUCUUUAACCAGAUGUCACUGGAGAGACAGCAGGAGCUCACAAUUGUUCUGGUGGACCAUCUGAAAAACACCGGCGGAUCGGGCUCAACCUGUGGGUCAGACACCAGCAGUCUCAGAGCCUGGCUUGAUGUGAAUUUUGGUAAAUUCUCAGUCUACGUGGCAUUCCAAGAUCUGCUACUGUUCAAUGCGAACUUUUCCAAUUUUGAGGCACUGGACCUUUUGAGUGCUUUCCAAGUUGCUCAACUUACGGUGAACUCUGGAGCACUGAACAACCCAGACAUGAUCACCAUGGUAUUUGACCAUCUAGAAAAUAUUGAUGCGUUCCAGAACGUGAAUGAUUUCCUGACAGGUCUCGCACAGAAUUCGCAGACUUUGGAAAUCCAUCCGGUGGUGAGGGACAUCAUGAUGAAUCGGACCUUUGCCAUCAUCAGUCUCCAUUUUACACAAUUCUUGAGAGUAGACUGGGUUUCCUGGUUCACGGUAAAACUGAUUCCUCUCCUGCCCAGCAUAACUGCAGAGAUGCUUCAGAAAGCAACAUCAGACGGCGACUGCAUUGCAUUCCACGCAAUCGUUGAGGGUCUUAGCAGUGUCUAUGAAAAGAUGUCACUGGAGAGACAACAGGAGCUCACAAUUGUUCUGGUGGAUCAUCUGAAACACACCGGCGGAUCGGACUCAACCUGUGGAUCAGACACCAGCAGUCUCAGAGCCUGGUUUGAAGUGAACUUUGGUAAAUUCUCAGUCUACGUGGCAUUCCAAGAUCUGCUAUUGCUCAAUAAGAACUUUUUCAAUUUUGAGGCACUAGACUCUCUGAGCGCUUCAGAAGUUGCUAAGCUGACGGUGGACUCUGGAGCACUGAACAACCCAAACAUGAUCACCAUGGUAUUUGACCAUUUAGAAAAUGGCGAUGCCUUCCAGAACAUAAACUAUUUCCUGGCAGAUCUCACCCAGAAUUCGCUGACUUUGGAAAUCCAUCCGGUGGUGAGGGACAUCAUGAUGACUCGGACCUUUGCCAUCAUCUCUCUCCAUUUUACAGAGUUCUUGAGAGGAGAAUGGGUUUCCUGGUUCACCCUGAAAAUGAUUCCUCUCUUGCCCAGCAUAACUGCAGAGAUGCUGCAGACAGCAACAUCCUACAGUGACUGCAUCACAUUCCAGGCAAUUGUUGAGGGUCUUAGCAGCGUCUUUGACCAGAUGUCACUGGAGAGACAGCAGGAGCUCACAAUUGUUCUGGUGGACCAUCUGAAACACACCAGCGGAUCGGGCUCAACCUGUGAGUCAGACACCAGCAGUCUCAGAGCCUGGCUUGAUGUGAACUUUGGUAAAUUCUCAGUCUACGUGGCAUUCCAAGAUCUGCUACUGCUCAAUGCGAACUUCUCCAAUUUUGAGGCACUGGACCUUCUGAGCGCUUCCCAAGUUGCUCAACUUACGGUAAACUCUGGAGCACUGAACAACCCAGACAUGAUCACGAUGGUAUUUGACCAUCUAGAAAAUGGUGAUGCGUUUCAGAACGUGAAUGAUUUCCUGGCAGGUCUCUCCCAGAAUUCUGAGCCUUUGGAAAUCCAUCCGGUGGUGAGGGACAUCAUGAUGAAUCAGACCUUUGUCAUCAUCAGUCUCCAUUUUACUGAGUUCUUGAGAGUAGACUGGGUUUCCUGGUUCACGGUGAAACUGGUUCCUCUCCUGCCCAGCAUAACUGCAGAGAUGCUCCAGACAGCAACAUCAGACGGCGACUGCAUUGCAUUCCAUGCAAUCGUUGAGGGUCUUAGCCGCGUCUAUGACCGGAUGUCACUGGAGAGACAGCAGGAGCUCACAUUUGUUCUGGUGGAUCAUCUGAAACACACUAGUGGAUCGGGCUCAACCUGCGGGUCAGACAUCAGCAGUCUCAACGCCUGGCUUGAUGUGAACUUUGGUAAAUUCUCAGGUUACGUGGCAUUCCAAGAUCUGCUACUGCUAAAUGCGAACUUUUGGCAUUUUAAUGCACUAGACUCUCUGAGCGCUUCCCAAGUUGCUGAGCUGACAGUGGACUCUGGAGCACUGAACAACCCAGACAUGAUCACCAUGGUAUUUGACCAUCUAGAAAAUGGUGAUGCGUUCCAGAACGUGAAAAAUUUCCUGGCAGCUCUCGCACAGAAUUCACAGGCUUUGGAAAUUCAUCCGGUGGUGAGGGACGUCAUGAUGAAUCGGACCUUUGCCAUCAUCAGUCUCCAUUUUACACAGUUCUUGAGAGUAGACUGGGUUUCCUGGUUCACAGUGAAACUGAUUCCUCUCCUGCCCAGCAUAACUGCAGAGAUGCUCCAGAGAGCAACAUCAGACAACAACUGCAUCGCAUACCACGCAAUCGUUGAGGGUCUUAGCACCAUCUUUGACCAGAUAUCACUGGAGAGACAGCAGGAGCUUACACUUGUACUGGUGGAUCAUCUGAAACACACCGACAGACCAGGCUCAACCUGUGGGUCAGACACCAGCAGUCUCAGCGCCUGGCUUGAUGUGAACUUUGGUAAAUUCUCAGUCUAUGUGGCAUUCCAAGAUCUUCUACUGCUCAAUGCGAACUUUUCCAAUUUUAAUGCACUAGACUCUCUGAGCGCUUCCCAAGUUGCUGAGCUGACAGUGGACUCUGGAGCACUGAACAACCCAGACAUGAUCACCAUGGUAUUUGACAAUCUAGAAAAUGGCGAUGCAUUCCAGAACGUGAAUGAUUUCCUGGCAGGUUUCACCCAGAAUUCACAGGCUUUGAAAAUCCAUCCAGUGGUGAGGGACAUGAUGAUGAAUCGGACCUUUGCCAUCAUCAGUCUCCAUUUUACUGAGUUCUUGAGAGAAGAGUGGGUUUCCUGGUUCAACGGGCAAUUGAUUCCCCUCUUGCCCAGCAUAACUGCAGAGAUGUUCCAGAAAGCAACAUCCUACGGCGACUGCAUCGCAUUCCACGCAAUCGUUGAGGGUCUUAGCCGUGUCAUUGAUGAGAUGUCACUGAAGAGACAGCAGGAACUCACAAUUGUUUUGGUGGAUCAUCUAAAACACACUGGUGGAUCGGGCUCAACCUGUGGGUCAGACACCAGCAGUCUCAGAGACUGGCUUGAUGUAAACUUUGGUAAAUUCUCAGUCUACGUGGCAUUCCAAGAUCUGCUACUGCUCAAUGCAAACUUUUCCAAUUUUGAGGCACUGGACUUUCUGAGCGCUUCCCAAGUUGCUCAUUUUACGGUGAACUCUGAAGCACUGAACAACCCAGACAUGAUCACCAUGGUAUUUGACCAUCUAGAAAAUGGCGAUGCGUUCCAAAACGUGAAUGAUUUCCUGGCAGGUCUCACCCAGAAUCCGCAGGCUUUGAAAAUCCAUCCGGUGGUGAGAGACAUCAUGAUGAAUCGGACCUUUGCCAUCAUCAGUCUCCAUUUUACAGAGUACGUGAGAGUAGACUGGAUUUCCUGGUUUACGGUGAAACUGAUUCCAGUCCUGCCCAGCAUAACUGCAGAGAUGCUCCAGACAGCAACAUCCUACAGCGACUGCAUCGCAUUCCACACAAUCGUUGAGGGUCUUAGCAGCGUCUUUGACCUGAUGUCUCUGGAGAGACAGCAGGAGCUCACACUUGUUCUGGUGGAUCAUCUAAAACACCCAGGCAGAGCGGGCUCAACUUGCGGCUCAGACACCAGCAGUCUCAGUGCCUGGCUUGAUGUAAACUUUGGUAAAUUCUCAGUCUACAUUGCAUACCAAGAUCUGCUACUGCUCAAUGCAAACUUUUUCAAUUUUGAGGCACUGGACUCUCUGAACGCUUCACAAGUUGCUAAGGUGAUGGUGGACUAUGGAGGACUGAACAACCCACACAUGAUCACCAUGGUAUUUGACCAUCUAGAAAAUGGUAAUGCAUUCCAGAACGUGAAUGAUUUCCUGGCAGGACUCACCCAGAAUUCGCAGGCUUUGGAAAUCCAUCCGGUGGUGAGGGACAUCAUGAUGAAUCGGACCUUUGCCAUCAUCAGUCUUCAUUUUACAGAGUUCUUGAGAGAAGACUGGGUUUCUUGGUUCACGGUGAAACUGAUUCCUCUCCUGCCCAGCAUGACUGCAGAGAUGCUCCAGACAGCAACAUCAGACGGCGACUGCAUUGCAUUCUAUGCAAUUGUUGAGGGUCUUAGCAGCAUCAUUCACCAGAUGUCACUGGAGAGACAGCAGGAGCUCACAAUUGUUCUGGUGGAUCAUCUGAAACACACCAGUGAAUCAGGCUCAACCUGCGGGUCAGAUACCAGCAGUCUCAGAGCCUGGCUUGAUGUGAACUUUGGUAAAUUCUCGGUCUACGUGGCAUUCCAAGAUCUGCUACUGCUCAAUGCGAACUUUUCCAAGUUUGAGGCACUGGACCUUUUGAGUGCGUCCCAAGUUGCUCAACUUACGGUGAACUCUGGAGCACUGCACAACCCAGACAUGAUCACCAUGGUAUUUGACCAUCUAAAAAAUGGCGAUGCGUUCCAGAACGUGAAUGAUUUCCUGGCAGGUCUCGCCAAGAAUUCACAGGCUUUGGAAAUCCACCCGGUGGUGAGGGACUUCAUGAUGAAUCGGACCUUUGCCAUCAUCAGUCUCCAUUUUACACAGUUCUUGAGGGAAGACUGGGUUUCCUGGUUCACGGUGAAACUGAUUCCUCUCCUGCCCAGCAUAAAUGCAGAGAUGCUCCAGACAGCAACAUCAGACCGCAAUUGUAUUGCAUUCCAGGCAAUCGUUGAGGGUCUUAGCAGCGUCUUUGGACAGAUGUCACUGGAGAGACAGCAGGAGCUCACACUUGUUCUUGUGGAUUAUCUGAAACACAUCGGUGGAUCGGGCUCAACCUGCGGGUCAGACACCAGCAGUCUAAGCGCCUGGCUUGAUGUGAACUUUGGUAAAUUCUCAGUCCACGUGGCAUUCCAAGAUCUUCUACUGCUCAAUCCGAACUUUUCCAAUUUUGAGGCACUGGACUCUCUGAGUGCUUCCCAAGUUGCUAAGCUGACGGUGGACUCAGGAGCACUAAACAACCUAGACAUGAUCACCAUGGUAUUUGACCAUCUAGAAAAUGGCAAUGCUUUCCAGAACGUGAAUGUUUUCCUGGCAGGUCUCACCCAGAAUUCGCAGGCUUUGGCAAUUCAUCCGGUGGUAAGGGACAUCAUGAUGAAUCGGACCUUUGCCAUCAUCAGUCUCCAUUUUACACAGUUCUUGAGAGAAGACUGGGUUUCCUGGUUCACGGUGAAACUGAUUCCUCUCCUGCCCAGUAUAACUGCAGAGAUGCUCCAAACAGCAACAUCCUACAGCAACUGCAUCACAUUCCACGCAAUCGUUGAGGGUCUUAGCAGCGUCUUUGAUCAGAUGUCACUGCAGAGACAGCAGGAGCUUACACUUGUUCUGGUGGGCUAUCUAAAACAGAGCUACAGAUCGGGCUCAACUUGUGGGUCAGAAACCAGCAGUAUCAUCGCUUGGCUUGAUGUAAACUUUGGUAAAUUCUCAGUCUAUGUGAAUUUUGAAGAUCUGCAGGAGAGAGAAAUGAAGGAAACUGUCUGUCAAAAGAUGAUUUAUUGUCAAUUAUGUCAAUUAUGUUCUUCCCAAUCAACUCCAUUACAUAUAACCACCCUUUCUUCUUUCACUUCUGGGUGAUUCCACCAAUAGAGGAUUUGUUGCUAUUCGUGUUUGUUUUGUGAAGGAAUAACAUUAGGACAAAAAAUUGUGAUUUAAACUUUUAAAAAGUCAAAUGAAAGGUAAAUGGGUUGUUGUUUUUAAAUUUUAAAUUAGUCUUAAGUGUGUAGUGUUCUAUGAACUUUCUAAUAAACUUCAUGUUUUUAUUUUCGUAAAUUAGUACAAACUCUGUUAAAAAGCAUCAAAUUCAAGAAUUCAAUUCAAUUGUAAUACAUUAAAAUGUGUUUUUAAAACAAUUAUAAAUUGGAAAAAAGUUAAAUUCAUGUUUAUUUCUAUAGUGAUGUUCACAGUUUAUCAUUAGAGCAAAGCAAUAAUACCAUAAAUACAAAGUACAAGCAAAUGAAACAUGGUGUAUUAAUGGAUUAUAAAUGGCAUUGUUACAGAAUAUACAUGUACAAUCUUAUAACUUAUAUUACUGGUAAAUUGACAGUACUUAUUAAUUAGCACACACAAUCUAAUAACAGAAUUGUACUUGUAAUUUACUUAUAAAAACUGUAUGUGUUAAAUCAACUAUUAAAAAGCAGAAUGAUUUGUG